AUGGAAAAAAGUGAGUACAGCAAACGCGCUCCAUCUCACUCAGCGAACGACGAGAGAGUGAGACGCAGACUUCACACAGAUGUGGGGGCUGUGGAGAUCGAAAAAAAUUCGAACGAAAAACAGGGGUUUUUUCACUACCGAAAAUUAAUCACGUACCAAACAUUUAACCUCACGAACAAGUGUCGUCAAACGUUUGGUGUUUGCACACAUUAUAGGCGGUUGGUCGGAUUUUUAUUUUUUCAAUUUCUGUUUUUUGUGUUGCGCUCUUCUCGCAACAGUUUCCUUGUUUUUCAGCAUUUUGUGUUAUUCUAUUUGUUAUGCUAACAAUAGUUUUUGUUUUCAGAUGUUGAUUUGGGUGGUGUGCAAAGAAAUAUCGACCAAUUUGCUGAAAUGAGAAUGAUGUGAAAUUUUUCAAGUUUUCGAUUUGUAACAUUGAAUCAAACAACCGGAGAAGCUCGAGAAGAAUCCUGGCACAUCUUCAACAAGGACAGAAGCUGCCGCACCAAACACAACCAAUAAUAUUGCUCAAAAUGCGCUACAAAAAACGUUGUUGUUGCCACUGGAACUGUGCCAGCCGCCACCCAGCAAUCCGGCAGCAUUAUCAGCUGGAGCAGCACCGAAAAGAGGAAAUAGUGAGACGCCACCAAAAGCGGAACCACAAGCAAAAUGCACAAAAAUUGGGGAUGAUAUGUAUCGAUGUAUUGGAAUUGCAAAACCAAAAAGUGCGCAACACAAAGAAAUCGGAAUCUAUUCGAGGUUUGCUUGUAUAUUUAUAUUCUCUAACAAAACUCAUUUUUCAGAUUUUGUGAUUAUGAAAGAUUUUCGAUUUUCAUCGGCUUUCGACUCAAGAAAAAUAAUUGA